AUGGGAUUAGGCCAGUCGACUGAAUCUGAGAACCAGGCGUCCUCUCCAGAGGAGCUGAGCUACAUGCUUGCGGAACGCUUUGCUACAAAAUGCUUCUCUCCUUUGGAAUUGACACAUCUAAAAGACAACUUCUUUACACGCGCUAUUGACCAAGGUGGCUGGAAAUACUGGAAUGAGAAGAUACUCUCUGAUUUCUUGGGGAUUCCAGAUAGCAGUGAUUCUCAAUGUCCUCUGGACGCGGGCCCGGUGAUUUUCCGCAUGGUCUCGUACUUGGGGGCAUUUCCUUUCCAAAAUACGUUAGCGCCAAGCGUUCUAACAUUUGACGCUAUGGUGAAAGUGAUUGUCUUGCUGACUGAACGAUAUGGAAAGGUUCUGAGGAGAGCGCGCAGAGAUAGGAUACGGCUGCUUUUUGGGAGUCUUGCUGAUGUUGGAAGGAAAGAUGUUGAUCAGCAAAGUAAUGACGAUGAAGUGAAAGAGGAUGCAGAUUCAUCUGCGGCGAGCUCCCAUGCUCCAGGGUUUGCUGUCGACGAGCCACUUAAUGAUGAUUAUGAGGACGAGGAAGAUGAUGACCUUGCACUGGCUGCUUUGGAAUCUUUGGAUGCCAUUGAAGUCUUCAAGCACGACUCCCGCAUGGACAGGGCCGUCUACGAAGCUCGAAUAUCCGCUGAUACGCUCCGUCGCCUCUUGAUGUUACUUAUUGUCAUUUCGCCCUUGAAGUUCCUUGAGCCUGUAAGGACAUACACAUCCGAUUUAAAUGGAAAGCGCAUGGAAGCAAUUCGGGCGGAGGCCGAUAGUAUCAUGGCGGCAUUCAGACAGGAGCCAUCCGGCGGGAUAAGCUACAAAGAAUUCUCUCGGAUCGUGACUUCAUCAUUCCCAUACCUUUUUGAUCCUCUGACACCAUUGUUUGAGCAUCUUCUUUUCAGCAGAAAUCUCAACUUAUCCCAAAAACGCGAUAGGGCUGAUUCGGCCGCGUCAGAGCCGGUCGAAGAACCUCCGGAAGAUCUAUCUUCGCCUCCCGCCAUUACGCUCCCGGGUAGUUUUGAAUCAAUGAUUCUGGACCCAAGCACCAUAUCACAUCUUUCAUUCUUUCUUCCCUCAUCCUCCGAAAGCUUGAACUUCCUCCGUGGAAACUCGCGCCUACACCCUGUCUUCUCAACAGUCGCACACGGAUCCUCUCUGACUUCCUUUUCCCACCACGUGCUUACCUGGUCCUCAGGUACCCUUCUUGUACUCGAAGGUGCCACCGAAACAGGCGAUAUGGUAACUCUUGGUGCAUACUUACCACAGCCAUGGAAGUCAUCAACGUCAACUCAGACCACUUCCAAAUUUUCUGAUUCAGUUCUUCCAUGUCUUUUCCAACUCUCACCCAAACACCUGCUUCUACAAGGAAACAAUUCCCCAUCUGUACAACAGCCGAAUGCACCUGUUGCCUACUUCUCCGCAAAUUCGGGCAUUUCAAUAGGUUGCCAAAUUCCCCCUUCAUCACGAAGCAAUAAAAAGCCUCCCACUCCUCUUGGGGCCGGUAGUUUAACCAUCGAUGUCAGUCUUGAAACCGCCGAGUUCCAUGUUUCGCCAAUCGGCCGUAACGGCGUCUUUCUCCCCCCACCCUCAGGAUCUACUCCGGAGAACACAGCCAAAACGCAAAUUGAGAUUUACAACUUAGAAGUGUGGGGUCUAGUCCCUGAUCCCACAGCCACCUCCGCAGAUGGCGGCAAAAGCGCUGUUGAAUUACAACAGGCCAAGUGGGAAUUUGAAGCUCGCGAGGCAGAGCGAAGACGCAACCUUAACCUGAAGGCCGGACCAGGCGGUUCUGACGUCGACAGUGCUAGAUGGUUAUUGGAAACUGCAGGCUUAAUUGGUGAUGGCAGUGGCACUGGACGAGCCGGAGGCAGUGUUUAA